CGAAAACUUUAUAAUAACAAUAAGGUUUAAGUUUAGUAAUAUACUAAAAUGGAUAACAUGUUGUCUAGGAAAGUUACAUGCAAGUCACAUGGCCAAGACUCUUCUUACUUCCUAGGAUGGCAAGAAUACGAUAAGAAUCCUUUUCAUCCCGUUCGAAACCCGUCUGGUAUUAUUCAGAUGGGCCUUGCUGAAAACCAGCUUUGUUUCGAUCUUCUGGAGUCUUGGCUCGCAAGAAACCAGGAAAGUAACUGGUUCAAGAAAAGGGGCGAAUCCAUGUUCAGGGAAUUGGCUCUUUUCCAGGAUUAUCAUGGCUUGCCCGAAUUUAAGAAGGAACUAGCAGAGUACAUGUCUGAAAUAAGACAAAACAAGGUUAAAUUCGACACCAACAAGCUUGUACUCACGGCAGGCGCCACAUCAGCCAACGAAACCCUCAUGUUUUGCCUUGCCGAACCCGGCGAAGCUUUCUUGAUCCCCACACCGUAUUACCCCGGGUUUGACAGAGAUCUGAAAUGGAGAACCGGAGUCGAAAUCGUACCCAUACAAUGCAGCAGCUCAAACGAUUUCAAGAUCACCAUUUCCGCCAUGGAAGAAGCUUACAAACAAGCCCAAAAACUCCACCUCAAAGUCAAAGGCGUUUUCAUCACAAACCCUUCAAAUCCACUUGGCACCACAUUGACUCUCCAAGAACUAAACCACGUCAUCACAUUCUCCAUCGAAAAAAACAUCCACAUAGUUAGCGACGAAAUAUACUCCGGCACCGUUUUCAACUCCCCACAAUUCAUAAGCAUAUUCGAAGCUCUAAACAAAAUAUCAUUCAACAAUAAUAAUAAUCAAAUUUGGAACCGAGUCCACAUAGUUUCAAGCCUUUCGAAGGAUUUAGGGCUUCCAGGUUUCAGAAUCGGAGCAAUAUAUUCAAACAACGAAACCCUAAUAGCUGCAGCCACUAAAAUGUCGAGCUUCGGAUUAAUUUCUUCUCAAUCGCAGUUUCUUCUCUCGAGAAUAUUAUCGGACAAGAUAUUUAUCAAGAAGUACAUAAAGGAGAAUCGGAGAAGGCUGAGGAAGAGGCAGAGGGUGCUGGUUUCUGGACUCGAGAAAACAGGGAUUCGGUGUUUGAAGAGCAAUGCUGGAUUGUUCUGCUGGGUGGAUAUGAGGCAUCUGUUGACCGGUCAAACGUUUGAAGCGGAAAUGGAUCUAUGGAAGAAAAUGGUUUGCGGGUUCGGGUUGAAUGUCUCGCCCGGAUCCUCUUGCCACUGCAACGAACCGGGUUGGUUUAGGGUUUGUUUUGCUAAUAUGGAGGAGGAAACUCUUGAUCUCUCUGUGCAACGAAUCAGGGCGUUGGUGGAUUCGAAUCUUUCGAUUGUCAAAUAGUCUUGAA